AGGACUCAGCCAGAACAAAAACUCAGAACUUCUCAUUUUUGUGACCCUUUAACCCACCUCUCUUGUUCUCCAAAGUUCCUUUAUGUAGCUCGAAAUGCUAAAGACUGCAUGGUUUCCUACUACCAUUUCUACAGGAUGAGCCAGGUGCUCCCAGAGCCAGGCACCUGGGAUGAGUAUUUUGAAACCUUCAUCAAUGGAAAAGUAAGCUGGGGAUCCUGGUUUGACCAUGUGAAAGGAUGGUGGGAAAUUCGAGACAAAUAUCAGAUUCUCUUCCUCUUCUAUGAAGAUAUGAAGAGGGACCCAAAGCAUGAAAUCCAGAAGGUGAUGCAGUUUAUGGGCAAGAAUUUGGAUGAGGAUGUGGUGGAUAAAAUAGUCCAGGAGACAUCAUUUGAGAAAAUGAAAGAGAAUCCUAUGACAAAUCGUUCUACGGUACCCAAAUCUAUCCUGGACCAGUCCAUUUCCCCUUUCAUGAGAAAAGGAACUGUGGGUGAUUGGAAAAAGCACUUUACUGUGGCCCAGAAUGAGAGGUUUGAUGAAAUCUAUAAGCAAAAGAUGGGCAGAACCUCUCUGAACUUCUGCAUGGAACUCUGAUCAAGAUGUGAAGACACCAAGAACAGCAGUCUGUCUGCAAGCCUCAAUCCAGCCAAAGGAAGCCCUGAAAGCAAACUGUAAAGGCCAAGGAUUGUGUCUCUGACUCUGUGAUUACUAACAUCACAUUACAACUCAUAAGAGCAGAUCAUGUCCAAUGUAUACUUUGUCCACUAUUCAGUAUAAAUCAGUAAGACAGUUUAGUCAGCUAACCAAUCAACCAAUCAAUCAAACAACUUUGAAUAGUAUAAAUUUUAUGUUGGCAUUCUUCUAGAAGGUAUAGCCUGGAUUCUAUCUCUGAAAUAACUACCUGAAGGGCAAGCACACAAAUAAUAGAGAUCGUCUAAAUGAAAGUACAUGAAAUCCUAAUAACUUUUCUGCUUAAUCUAUUUUUCCUGGUUACAAUGGAAAGAAUUAGUUUGGGGACAACUUGUUACAAUAUGUUCAUGGGAACAGGUUCUACCUGGUAGGAGGAAAGUGAGGGAAGGACUCCAAGGAGAUGUCAGAAAUAAAAUUGUUAGUAAAGGAAAGCCUAGUUCUGGGUUAUAAAAGAAACAGAAGGAAGGCAUGAGGGUGGCCUUUGGAAGCACAAAUUGUACCCAGACAAAGGGAGAAUGGAGGCUUGGUGCUCGGUUUGGAGCCCAUUGAGUUGAGAUCUCCUGUCAUCUCUUCUAAGGAGAAGCUUGUUCUUUUGCCCACUUUAGCUGAGUCCAUCUGUAUUUGCUUGCCAGCAUAGUUACCUCUACUUCCCACUAGUUCCAUGUCUUAGGCAUCCUCUCACUCCCAAUACCUGGGCAGUGUGGAGCACACAGCAUGUUGCAUGAGUGAAUGAUGGCACAGAAGACAGAAAGGCAAGCAUGUUUUAGGUCACAAAUCCCCACCUUGAACCCUUUCACUUUAGUUGCAAACAGCAGCAUUGCUAAGCUGAGAGCAGUAGGAGGAGCCUGUGUUGUGAGGAGGAAUCCAGAGUAUACAGAAUGAGCUAGAAUGCCAUUUUCUUUCUAUUCCUUAAGCCUACAAAGGCCAUGUGAUGAGGACAUGGACACAGAAUGUGUUACUGCCAGCAAGAGCAUUAGAAGGUGUAGUAGAAGUUAGUGGGUGGAAACUAGGAAACUAGAACAUGACCUGGAAGGGAUUGAGUGCCCCAGGCCCUUGCUUUUCCUUCCCCUUGUUUGUUAGACAUGAAAAAUUCAAUAAAACGAGGUGGGCAGUUUUGAUCUGCCAUUUACUCCUAUCAUGAUAGUCUGUGCAUCUCCCCACAGAAUGUAAAUUCCAAAACUAAGAGCUAAAAUAAAUCUUUCAAAAUAAAGCUAUAAAAUGCUGGAAAA